CAAUGUAUACUCUUUGCUGGUAUUCUCGCGUUAAAUCUAUUCUCGCGUUAUUUUUAUUUUUCACGAGGUUGAAUCACAGCGCCACCUAUAGUAAAUAUUUGUGACCUACUUUUAUUCAGCAGUGUUUUGAGUAACAUUUUACAGUAAUGAACCGACUAAAGGGGUCCCAAAGCAGGCUUAAGCAGCCAUAUGACAAGGAAAGCCUUAAGAGAGCCUAUGCAGCUUGUGUUUCAAAUGGCAUGUCUGUUUAUCGGGCAUCUAGAGUGUACCAUGUCCCGGAGUCUACUUUGAGAGACAGGACUAGACAUAAUGUCACCCUUGAGGCACGUCCUGGACCAGAGACUCUAUUGUCUUCUCUGGAGGAGGACAAGCUAGCACAGCAUAUAAAGUAUAUGGCCAGUAUCGGAUAUGGCUACACCAUGACCAACAUAAGAUUUAUGGCUGCUGACUAUGCCAGGUCAAUGGGGAAGAAAGUUGUUGCGAAGGAUGGUUUAAGUACUGUGUGGUACUAUAGUUUCAUGAAAAGAAACCCAGACUUGAAAGCUGUCAAGCCUCAAAAGCUUGAUUUGGCCAGAGCUAAAGGUGCCUCUGAAGAAAAAAUAAACAACUAUUUCAAAAAACUGAAGAAUAUUCUAGAUGACAAUGACUUAAUCAAUUCACCUGAAAGAAUCUAUAAUAUAGAUGAAACAGGAGUAAGCACCCAGCACUCACCACCUAAAAUUGUUUGUGGGAAAAAUGAUAAACCUCAGGCAAUUACCUCCCCAAGAUCUUCCAAUGUAACAAUAAUAGGAGGAGCAAAUGCCCUUGGAAAUCAUGUGCCUCCUUUUUAUAUAUUCCCUGGGAAAAGGUUUAAUUCUCAGUUCAUGGAAGGUGCUCAACCUGGUGCAGAUGGUACAAUGUCGGAUAGUGGUUGGGUGAAUGGUGAAAUUUUUGAAGAUUAUGUCACGAGACAUCUUGCGAAGCACUGUAACCUUGAUUCUGUCUCUUCAGAUAGACCAGCCACAUUGAUCCUGUAUGAUGGGCACAAAAGUCAUUUAUCGUUGACUUUGAAUGAGUGGGCUAGACAGAGGAAUGUGGUCCUCUUUGUACUUCCCCCACAUACCAGUCAUCUCACGCAACCACUGGAUGUUGGUGUUUAUGGCCCAUUCAAAGCCUUCUACUACACUGAGUGUCAACAGUAUUUGCAGCAUAACCCGGGUGUAUACAUCACCAAAUAUGAAAUUGCUUCACUAACUUCUAAGCCGUACUUGAAAGCUUUCUCUCCAUCAAACAUCACAUCAGCUUUCAAAAAAUCAGGAAUAUAUCCAUUUGAUGAGUCUCAAAUUUCCAAGAGUGACACUGCACCUUCAUCAAUUUAUUCCAGUGAAAAUCAUGAUCAGUGCCAGGGACUGGAUACACAAGUUGAAUCAACCGAAAAGGCACCACAGCAACCAGAAGAGCCCUCUGACUCGCAAGAAACCAUUUUGUAUGAUGAGUCUGUCACUUUCUUUGCAAAGAGACAAAUUAACACUGUCAAACAAAGACCUAAGAAAAAAUUCAUUCCACCAUACAUAAUGGGAAAUCUGUUAAAUGAAAGAAAUACACAUAUUCUGCAAAAUCAAAGGAAGUCUAAGGGUGCCAAAUCUGAGAAAACAGUUCAAAAUAGACAAAAAAAUCCCAUACAAACACCGUCUAAGAAGCAGAGGAAGAGUAAGGAGCAUGAAGAACUAGUUCCUAGCACAUCUGGAACAUCUAAGACAGGAGUACCUAUUUCUUUGGACUCUCCAUCACAUAUGUCAGACAGUGAUACUGAUAUUGAGAUAGAGGAGAGAGACAAAUGUUGUGUCUGCAAGCUCUACACACCCACUCAACUCAAGCAUUGUGUUAGUAUUGUCUUCACAAAGUGGGCUCAGUGUAAUUUUUGCUCACAUUGGGUACAUCUUAGAUUUUGUACACCAAUUACAGUAGUAAGAAGGGCUACUGUGUUCAGAUGCCCACAUUGUGUAACUGAAGAAUAA